AGCGCCAUCCGGGUGGACAAGGCCGAGAUGCCAUGCCAUCAGCAGGGAAUAUCAGCCCCGCAAGUUGGCGGUCACGUCCGCAAGCUGGAGUGGCUUGACACACGCAAAAGGGGCUCUAUGGAGUCGACGUGCUACGCGGUGAUGGAUGGAUCUGCGUCGAUGGGCAGCGUCCACGUCACGCUCGUGGCGAAGGACUCAAGCUCACAGGAAGCUGAGGUGCCGCUGCCGUGCUUAUACGACUGCAAGUUCACAUUCUUUCUCCAUGCCAACCGGGUGAUACACAUUUACGUCUACUUUCAGUGUCCAGGUGGCCAGGUUAUGCCAAGAGGGUACUGCUGGACGACCUUAUUUCCUGAUCCCAAGGACGGGGAACGACCCGACCCUUACGAAGUAAUGUUAUUUGGGAUGGUUGGCGCAUCGGUCGCGGAAAUGCAUGGAAAGCCGAUCCUCUAUGCGGCAAGGAAGCGGGUGGCCGAUCGGAUCGUUUACGGGGAAGCUAUCCAACUCGGCAACUGCGCCAUC